AUCCAACGAAAACAGAAUGGAUAGCAGUAAUCUGGCAGUGAUUUUUGCUCCCAACCUUUUGCACUCGAAUGAAAAUGAAAAGAUGUCAGCCAGUACAGAAAAAAAAAUUCGCUUGCAAGCCGCUGUUGUGCAAACACUUAUUGACCAUGCAGCAGAAAUCGGACAAGUACCAGAAUUUAUCUUGGAAAAGAUUCCUGCAAUGUUAGGUGUUGAUGCCUUUCAAUCUACUCCCUCACUGUGGGGCCACGAAGACAGCGAAAAUGAAUCUCCCAGUGAAUGUAAGAAGAGGAGGCACCGAAGUGUCGGGGAUAUUGUUAGUGGAGCGUUGAAUAAAUUUAAAUCUAACAGAACACCCUCCACUACACCUCAGCAAGACAGAAGCGUCCUUUCAUCAGUGACUCCAGUGGUUCUUACUCCAAGUGCCAAGCGUAAGCUUCCAACUGAUUGCUCUCAGGGCUUGUCCAGCAAGAAGAGACGAUCUUUUAAGCAUGGUUUUGCUUUUGAGUUGUUACCAAGUAGCAUUUUUAACAGCAGCUCAACACCAGCAUCAGUUCAGUUUGAAGCAAGCCCUUGUGUGUCUCUUGAGUCAUCACAAACCUCACUGUCUCCUUCAACUGGUGGUGAAAAUCGUCUGUCUAGUACAGGGAACAGAAGAAGUAAAAGACAUGCAAGCAAAAAAUUGUACAGGGCUGAAUCAGGAAAGACAGGUUGUUUUUCUCCAAAGAUUAGCCGAAAAGAAAUGGUUCGCAGGUCGUUACGCUUGAAGUUUGGUUUGGGGAAAAGCAACAGAGAGAUGAAUAUUGUAUCAGGAUGUGUGGUUGGUAAUAGAUCUGAAAAUAUUGGAAGGCGUCUUGCAAGUCAACAAGGUUUGGAAAGCAGAAAUGAAUGUGCAAAAAGAGAUGUAUUCUUCAGCCCAUGUGUCAAUGAAAAAUUCCCUAAGAAAGGUUCAAAGAAUGUGAGCAAGUCAGAAGAAAACUUGCUAACUCCAAAAUGUCAUAAUAAAGUAGUUCACCGAAUGUCAUGGAAUAGUCCUAGAGAUUCUCAGGCGAUCAGCAGGAAUGAAGGAAUUCUGCCAGGACAUCCUGAAAUGGGAAUCAGUUCUUCAGAAUCUGUUUUGAUAUUUGGAAAGCCACCAGUUGGUAAGGAUGAAUUGAAAUCCACAACUGUAAGCAAACAAGACAACAGCUUAGAACUUUUGCUUUAUGAAGAGGAAAGUAAUUCAACUGCAGAAACAUUACUGAAAGUUAAGCAAGCCUUCUCUGCAUCUGGAAGUAAUCUUCACAAUUUAAUAGGUGAUACAAAAUCUUCCUUCUCAGGUGUAGCAGGUGAAACAUUAAAUGAAACUCUGUGUCUCACAGGGCUCAGUCUGGAGAAAGAAUUAUUAGCUGAAGAAGUUUCUGAAAAUCUAGCAAAUACAAAAUCCAGAGAGCUGUUGUGCCAAUUUAAUCAAUCUUAUGCUAUUGAUAAACAGCAAUCAAAAAAAGAUGAAAUUAAAGUUUUGGAGAAAAGAAACUUCAAAACUUCUAUUGAGAUUGAGCUUCAGGUCCCCAAACCAGAUAUAAAAAAUGUAACAGAACUUCCUGUGCCUCAAGUACUGGCCAGGGAAGACAAGGUGACUGUUCAGAAUAGUUCAUCAAGAGAUGACUUAAACAAAUCGGAUUCCUUCAGAAGAAAAGAGGAAGAAUUAACACACUCACAAACAGCUGAAAACUGUAUGGUAAAAUGUUGUAAUUUGGAAGAAGAUACUGCUAAACUUUCUGUGGCAGGACAGCCUCCUACUUCACAGAUGCCUAAAUUGCAAACGGAAGGAGGCAACCAAUACUUGCAAGCUGAAAAUUCUGUUAAAACUUUAACUAAAUCAUCAACUGUUUCUGACCAUGGAAAGGUUUCUGACCACAUACAAUGGUUCAACAAGCUUUCAUUAAAUGAUCUAAGUUCUGCAAGCAAAACCAAACCACCUCUUAAAUUUCAACGUACUCCUGUUAGACAGUCUGUAAGAAGAAUUAAUUCCUUAUUGGAGGCUAACAGGCGAUCUGUAAGCUCUCAGCUGCUUAAAGCAAGUGAUGUUGGUUCACCGCUUGUUAAAUCUUUGAGCUAUGAUUCUGCACUAUUCUCCUGCACAGAAAAGCCCUCAAAUAAUUCCGUGGCUUUGCCACUCAGGAGUGAAAGUACAUAUGACCAAGUUUCUCUAUCUCAUAAGCACCUAGACUUAACAUCCAAAUCAUGUUGCAGACCAUUAAAUCCAUCAGACAAGCCUGACGUUUCUGACAGAACUGCUGGAAUCCACGAACAGAAAGCGACUGUUCAUCCAUCGAAGUCUGUUCUAGAAGAUCUAACCAAUCAUGAAACAGUGAAAUCCAGUUUGAAAGUUAAUGCAAAUACAAAUAUUCCAGGUGCUGCCCCAGAUAAAUCUACAAUCACAACAAGUGCUCCAGGAAAAGAAAGAGUUCGUUAUAGAGGCUCUCCAAAGAAUCCAAUACCUAAAGUGAAACUGCUACCAACUGCAAAACCAGUAGAUUUAUAAGAUCAAAUAUGAUGGCUAAAUGGGCUUACUGUAAUUUGGUUAACCUUUGGAAAAUCUAAAUUUGUAUGAUUAUUUUU